AUGGACUCUCCCGAAACGAUCAAUAACUCCUCAUCUCGUUCAAUGAAUCCUACGAAUGAAUUCGAAAGUUGUCCACACGACCAUUCAACUGCAAAUCAAAAGGGCAUGGCUUCGUCUUCGUAUAGUCCAGGAUCAUAUCGAUACCCAACGAACCCUCAUAAUAUUCCCACAUCCGAUGAUUCAGGAAAUGAAUCCUCAUUAAAUUAUCGUCAGAAAUCGAAUCCACAUUUUGUUGUAGUAGCCAUUGACUUCGGUACAACGUACAGUGGCUACGCAUUUGCGUUCACACGAGAUAUUGAUUCGAUUUUAAUGAUGCGUAAAGUUGAUGGGAAUGAUCCCGGUGUAAUCAAUCAAAAAACGCCAACGACGAUUCUACUCACACCGAAUCUUGAAUUUCACUCGUUUGGCUUUUUCGCACGAGAUUUCUUUCAUGAUCUCGAUCCGGACGAAGCUAAACGAUGGUUAUUUUUCGAAAAAUUCAAAAUGCAUCUUCAUUACGUUCAAGAUCUUAAUACCCAAACAUUAAUUGCCGCAAGUAACGGUCGGAAAGUUCCGGCAUUGACGAUAUUUACCUAUGCAUUACAAUAUUUCAAAGAACAUGCUCUACGAGAACUUUCCGAUCAGUCAGGCACUCGAUUUGUCAAUGAAGAUGUUCGAUGGGUUAUCACAGUACCGGCAAUAUGGAAACAAUCCGCGAAACAAUUUAUGCGCGAAGCUGCGUAUCAGGCGGGCAUUGCUUCGCGAGAAUUUCCGGAACAACUAUUGAUUGCCCUUGAACCCGAAGCAGCAUCAAUUUAUAUACGUAAGCUUCGAAUGCAUCAAUUUGUUCCAGAUGAAAUACCGCCGUUCUCUCGAAAUUCAAUCAAACGUGAGCAUGGCACCUUAUCAUCAUCGUUGUCUAAUCAAUCAUCGCCAAUAUUUUUCGAUUCGGAUAAAUUAUCAACUGAGCAAAGUGAAUAUCAUCCAAAUACACAAUCAUUUGAAGUUGUCCUUGAUAGUGGUACACGGUAUAUUGUUGUUGAUUGCGGUGGCGGAACAGUGGAUAUGACUGUUCAUGAAUUAGAUACCAAAAUGGGUACAUUAAAAGAAUUAUAUAAAGCAACGGGUGGACCAUAUGGUUCCGUUGGAGUUGAUCAAGAAUUUGAGAAAUUGAUGAGCGCAAUUUUUGGAAAAGAGUUAAUCGAAGAAUUUAAACUGAAGCGACCAGCUGGCUAUGUGGAUCUAAUGAUUGCAUUUGAAGCACGCAAACGUACAGCUAGUCCAUUUAAGAACAAUCCAUUGAAUAUUUCAUUGCCCUUCUCAUUCAUUGAUUUUUAUAAGAAAAAGAAAGGUUCGACAGUCGAAUCUGCCAUUCGUCGUUUUAAUGAUCCAGAUAUCAAAUGGUCAACUCAAGGAAUGAUGAGAUUGACGCCAGAUGCAAUGAAACGUCUUUUUCAUCAUACAGUUGAACGAAUUAAAAGUGCCAUUGGAGAUGUCUUAAACAGUCCGGAUGUCAAGGGUAUUCAAUAUCUUUUCCUUGUCGGUGGUUUUGCUGAAUCUCCAAUUCUUCAGUACGAGAUACGUCGUGCGUUUUCCUCGAUUCUCAAAGUGAUCAUUCCUCAAGAUGUUUCACUAACUAUACUGAAAGGUGCCGUUCUGUUCGGUCUCGAUCCAACGAUUGUAAAUGUUCGUCGUUCACGUUUAACUUAUGGUGUUUCGGUUUUGAAUCGUUUCGUUGCGGACUAUCAUCUCAUCGAGAAGAAAAUCGUCAAAGAUGAUAUCGAAUGGUGUGCGGAUAUAUUCGAUAAAUUCGUUCUUGUUGAUCAAUCGAUUGGUCUUGGUGAUAUUGUCAUUAGAAAAUACACACCUGCACGACACAAUCAAGCGCAGUGUAUCAUUUCGUUCUACUGUUCAGAAUCAGAUAAACCAAUCUAUGUAACCGAUCCUGGCGUGAGGAAAAUCGGUACAUUGGUUUUGGAUAUGUUCCAAGAUGGAUAUUCGAUGAAUACUUCCACAAUAUCAAAGGAUCGUCCACGACGUGAGAUUCAAACACGUAUGGUUUUUGGUGAUACUGAAAUCAAAGUGAGCGCACUCGAUGUGACCACCGGCAAAUGUGUUCGGGCAACGAUCGAUUUUCUGAACAAAUAG